AUGGCCAGGUUCACCUCCUUCUUUUACCGACGCAGCCUGGAGAAGUCCACACUCUCCACCCAUUCAGCAAAAAUAUCCUCAAUACCGAAGUGGAGCUUUGGUGGUGCUUGCAGAUCAAAAGGAGGAAGCCUCGACUCUAUCCCCAUCACACUCUGGCGAGCUUCCUCCAAUGCCUUCCUCUUUCCCAUCACGUCGACAACCUACCCCUCAUCGUCAUCUCUAGGGCGCUUCCCAGUCACCUGUUGGGCACCGCCCUUCUCCGCCUUCUUAGCCCGAGACUCCCUCACUCGCUUCUGCAUCCCGACCUCAUCAAUAUCCACCACCACCUUCGUGCUUCCCUUUAUAACACCUGUCACUGCACAUCAAAACCUAAGUUAG